UUUCAAUAUUCUCCGCUCAAAGAAGGGACGAAUGAGAUUCGAGUCCUCCAUGUCUUACGCCAAUCCGGGCAAGGAACCCUCCGUGCACGCUUGGAACAUGCACCACUCGACAAAGCGCCAUACGAGACUGUCUCCUACUGCUGGGGUGAUCCGACUCCGUCACGGGUGCUCGUGGUGAAUGGUGCACGGCUGCUUAUCCCGCAGAGUAGCUGGCAGGCACUCAAUCGACUGGCUUUCGACAACAAAGAACGGACUCUCUGGAUCGAUGCCAUUUGUAUCAACCAGCAAGAAAACGAUGAGAGAGGUCAUCAAGUUGCUCUCAUGCGAGAAGUCUAUUCA